AUGCAGAGUUAUCGAAUAUUAGGUCGAAAAGGAGAGGGUACCUUCAGUGAGGUCUUCAAGGCACAAGACAAGAAUAGCAAAACGCUUGUUGCCAUAAAAUGCAUGAAGAAGCGUUUCAGUUCCAUGGAGCAAGUGAAUAAUCUCCGUGAGAUUCAGUCGAUUCGCAGGCUGCAAUCCCAUCCCAACAUUGUAAAGUUCAUUCAUGUUCUGUUUGAUCGCUCCUCGGGGAGUCUAGCGUUAGUAUUUGAACUGAUGGGGAUGAACCUUUACGAUCUGAUCAAAUCUCGAAAGGACUACCUUCCGGAGGAGCAAAUCGCCUACCUGAUGUACCAAAUUCUAAAGGGUUUGGAGCACAUCCACAACAGCGGGAUGCUGCAUCGCGACAUCAAGCCGGAAAACCUGCUGAUUAACCUAGAGGACAACACCCUGAAGAUCGCGGACUUCGGGUCGGCGCGGAGCGGGCGUGGGAACGGGCCCUUCACGGAGUACAUCUCCACCCGCUGGUAUCGCGCCCCGGAGUGCCUGUUAACGAACGGGUGUUAUAAAUCCAAGAUGGAUAUCUGGAGCGUGGGGUGCGUUUUCUUUGAGCUCUGCACCCUUUAUCCGCUCUUUCCCGGGUCCAAUGAGCUGGAUCAGAUUCACAGGAUUCAUAGUGUGUUGGGCACCCCGCCGCUCGGGGACCUGUUUUGGUUUAAGGCGGCGGGGCAACACGGGCUGGUGGAUUGCGUGCCGAGGACGGGCAGCGGGCUCGCGGCGCUCGUCCCGAACCUCUCCGCGUGCGGGAUGAACCUCAUGACGAAGCUUCUGGCGUACAACGAGUGCGAGCGCUCGACCGCCAAGGAGGCUCUACGGCACCCUUAUUUUAAGCGCUUUCGCGAGAUGGAUCUCACGCAGGGCUCGGGGCGGCGUCGGCAUCACCACCGCUCCUCCAAACGUGCAACCUUGGAGUUGAACGAGAGGAGCUUGCGCGAUACCUUGAAGAAACCCACCAUCUCCGCAAGGGAUCCUCCCACGGAGAAGUUUAUGCGCACUUCCAUCCAGCAUUCGAGCAUCGCGCAGGAACUUCACCGGGAGUACCAGCUGCCGUAUAUCGGGACGCCGCCUCUGGAGGUGAAUAGCUCAUCGAAUAUUACGGUAAAUUGUAGUUGUAAACAUUCGCGAAUUCAUUCAUCAAAGCUCGAAGAGCUUACUAAUAUUUCGAAUUUGAAUUUCAGCGAUAAAAAAAAACGACGACAUAGCUUGCCCAAGAUAUAA